AUGACUGCCAUCAAACUUCCCGCCACAAUUCUUGUCUCAGGGGCCUCCGGAUUCAUCGCAGCAUGGGUCGUCAAAUCCAUCCUCCAACGUGGAUUUUCCGUCAUCGGGACCGUCCGUUCUACCUUAAAGGGUGAAUACCUUAAGAACCUUUUUGAGAGGGAAUUCCCUGGGAAAUUCUCCUAUGUCAUCGUAGAGGAUAUCGGAAAGGAAGGAGCGUUCGAUGAAGCCGUCAAGAACGUCGAUGCGGUCGUUCAUACAGCCUCUCCAUUUCAUCUGAAUGCCACGGAUCCUGACGAAUACCUCACUCCCGCCAUCAAGGGCACCACUGGGAUUCUCGAAACCAUCCUCAAAUAUGGACAAAAUGUCAAAAGGGUAGUGAUAACGUCAUCAGCAGCAUCCAUCAUUCACCCUGAACCCGUUGGCUACGUGUUCACCGAAUCAGAUUGGAAUACGCAUGAUCCGGAGGUUGUCAAGGAGAAAAGGGGAGAAGCCCCCGCGAUGAACAUGUAUAGAGCCAGUAAAGUAUUGGCUGAGAGAGCUGCAUGGGAAUUUGUCAAGACCAAGGAAGGGAUCAAAUUUGACCUGGUAACGAUCCUACCGUCCUUUGUCUUCGGGCCAACAAUUCACGAACUUUCAGGUCCUUCCUCCUUGAACACUUCCAUUGACUUGUUCCGAAAAGUCGCCUUUGAAAGCACAAACGAAAGAACUCGACUCUUAUCGGCGAACGGGAGUUGGGUCGAUGUUAGGAACGUCGCUGAUGCUCAUGCUGAAAGUUUGGUCCUCGAAGAAGCAGGCGGGGAAAGGUUUAUCGUCAGUGUGGGGCCCUACUCAUGGCAAGACUUUUGUGAAGCGUAUCUUGUUCCCAAGCCGAGCUAUUCGAGUGGCGAAAAGGCGGGGAGGGUGCUUGGGAUCAAGUAUAUCAGUAAGAAGCAAUGUUUGUCGGAUACGGUGACGAGUUUGGUUCAGAGGGGUUUGAUCGGAGCAUGA